GGCUGAGGGGAGCGCACGGCUGAGGCACAGUUGGAGGCAGCACCGUGCACAGGGAGAGCUCCCUGCGGUGGGAGACGGCCCCGGCAUGGACACGCUGCCCAUCUACCACGGGCGCAUCACGCGGGAGGCUGGGGAGAAGCUGCUGCUGGAGGCGGGCGUGGACGGCAGCUACCUGCUGCGGGACAGCGAGACCAUCCCCGGAGCCUACUGCCUCUGUGUGCUGCAUCAGGGUUAUGUUUAUACCUACAGAGUGUCCCAGACAGAAACUGGAUCCUGGAGUGCUGAGACAGCGCCUGGGGUCCAGCGGAGGCUCUUUCGGAAAGUGCACAACCUCAUCUCGGCCUUCCAGAAACCCAACCAAGGCAUUGUAACACCCCUGCAGCACCCAGUCAUCAACCACAUGAAAGCCAAAUAUUCCCCAGAUCAAAAGUUGAGAAGAAGAAAACUUCUGUGACGUGCUCAGUUACAAAGCUUUUCUGUAGCAGACCUGG